AUGAAAAAGUGCUGUGGUUUUGCUCGAGUUACUCAUGAGCACAAGUAUCGUGUAGUUGAAUCACCUCAACAAGGGACGCAUUGUGGUUAUGACUGGUACGGUGGCACUGAUGCGCCUGCGCUUAAGAUACCCGAUAAAGGUAUUGCUGUCGAAGGUUUAACUCGAUUGAAAUAA